UGUUCACGGUUCACAACCACAAGUGCGGAUCUGAGGUAGCUGAGGCAGCCGGUACUUAGGGCAGCCCUGUUUUGCGGUUUGCAUAUUGCAGCGUAUAAUUAUUAGUGCGAAGAAAGCGACGAUGGCUCCCACGUUCCCAGUGCCCGGCGAAUCCGCUCGUUAAAUCCAGGUGCGAAUUGUGCUCCUUUUUGUCUUCGAUGCGCGUGCAACGUCUGGCGGCUUCCGUCGCAGCAGAGCCACAGUGAGAUACAACGACCACGACGAAAGACAUGUUCUUCCAGUCGCGCUCGUCGCGCGACAACAUGUGGCAUGAGGCCAGGAAGCAGGAGCGCAAGAUACGCGGCAUGCUCGUCGACCUCAAGAAGCGGGCCGAGCGCCGGAAGGAGUUUUACGAGCGGAUCAAGCAAGACCCAGCCCAGUUUCUUCAACUUCAUGGACGACGCUGCAAGAUCCACAUCGACCUGGCAAUCGCACAGGCGGCCGACAGCCCGGCCACUAUGAUGCCUUGGCAGGGGAACCGUGACGUCAUGAUCGACCGGUUCGACGUUCGAGCCCACCUGGACUCCAUACCAGAGUUCAAGGCCUCUGGCGGAGGCCCGGAGCUGACUGAAGAACAGAAGGAAGAAGAGAGGCAAAUCAACUAUGAGCGCUACCGCACACUUGUUCAGAACGACUUCUUAGGAGUGUCAGAGGACAAGUUCUUGCAUCAGAUCUACUUGGAGGAACGCUUUGGUCCAAUCGGAAAGCCUGUUGGCACCACGGAGGAGGAAAAGAAAAAGCUUGCUGAGAAGAAAGCUGCAAUUGGGUACACAUACGAAGACAGCACACCUGUUCCCUCGACGUCGACCAAUCACAAUGACGAAGCAGAAGAAGAGGAAGAUAAAGAGGACCUCAGUGAUAUUGAUCUCGAUGUCACCGUCGACGUGAACGAACUCACCAUGGAACAAGCGCGGGAGAUGAACGACCACUCGCACUCCUAUGGCAUGGAGUCUACGGAUUUCAUCUCGUACCUCCACCUGGACAAGGAGGAGCAGGAAAGGUUGAAACAGGCCAGAGAGCUCGAAGAGGAGAAAGCCAUGUACUCGGGGCGAAAGUCGCGCCGAGAGAGGCGGGCGCUGCGCGAGAAGAAACUCAAGAACCGUAAAGUCACCAGUCCACCAAGUUACGCAGCCAGAGCCAGCCCGACAUACAAGCUGUUCAGAGGACAGUCAAGUUCACGGUCGCGGUCAAAAUCCCCCCAGAACAUGGGCCAGAUCACCUUCAUCACAAGUUUUGGCGGCGACGGGUCCGACGACGAUGAUGGUGCCGCCAAGAAGGGCCAUGCCAAAGCUGGCGGAUCUUCAGUGUCCGGUGCCAUUGGCGCAGUUUCGUCUGGAAGCAGGUCAGGCGCGGUGUCCUCCAGGAGUGACGGCAGUCGAGGAAGCGGCAGCUCCUCCAAACGAAGGUCGCGGGACCGUUCGAGGUCUAGAGGUCGACGUGGUAAUUCGUCUCACGGUUCCGGCCGUGGGAGGAGGUCGUCCCGAAGGCGUUCCUCAAGUUCGAGGUCAUCGGGUGGUGGCAGGGUUCGGCGUCGAAGCCGCAGCCGAGGUCGUGCAUCCUACCAUCCCAGACGACGCUCCAGGCGGCGGUCCCGGUCGCCUCGAGUGAGCUCGCCGCGUCACCGGGUUCGUCGGACUUCGUCACGUAGCCGCUCAAGGUCGCGGUCGAGGCACUGGGGUCGUGGCCGUAAACGUUCUAGCUCAUGUCCGAAGUCGCCCAAGGGCCAGGACCGGGAGCAGAGGUCGCGGUCGCAGUCGUCGCCACUGCCAGCCCCACGCAAGCUACCCAGCCCACCCCGGAAGUCCUACUACCGUCACAGCCUGUCACGGUCGCGGUCCAAGUCAUUGACCAGCAGCGACGAUGAUAAGAAGAAGAACCGGUCGCGUAGCAGCAGCAGCAGCAGCAGCAGCAGUGAAGGGUCCCGGGGUCAGCAGGGAGGAGCGUCGGGUGCCAGCAACGGCACUCGUCGCAACUGGCCGUCGGCAGACGCGGUGAGACCCAACGUCUCUGUGGGUAAACCAGGUCCCGCCUCCAAAACACCAGCAGGUGGUGCUUGCGCGGCAGCUGGAGGUGGAACGGGCGGUCUCACGUUGAGGGAGAAGCUCAAGCGGAAGAUGCAGGCUGCCCUGAACAAGCAGUACAAGGCCGACAAGCGGGCUGAGCGUGAAAAGAUGGACAAAAUUCAGCAGGAACGCUGGGAUCGGGCCGAGGAGCUGCGGGGAAUGGCCCUCCGUAUGCGCCAGAGGGAACGCGAGAAGAGGCACAAAGAAAGGGACGACUACGAUUACGAUCCAGAUGGAAGCCGGGAUGGCCGUGACUGCUACUCCAGCCGCUCUGGCAGCCGCUCGCGAAGCCCAAGCCGCAGUCCAGAGCCCCGGCCUCCGGGUGAUACUUCGUAUGCGCCCCCUAUCGAGUACUCCAGAAAUCCGACAUACUACUCUCGGCGAAGGAGUCGAUCAAGAUCACGGUCUCCACCCCAAGACUACCACCGAUCACGUCAACCACCGUCGUCGUCUUCGUCGUGGUCCAAGGCAUUGGUGGACUACUGACACGUCUUCGAAAGCCGCCAAACUGGUUUUGGUAAAGGCUGGGGCUUCUAGCCUUCCGAAACCUAGAAGACGGAGAUGAACUUCGUGAAGUGCGCGACGAACUUCGUGAGGUGACCGAGUGACCUUCGCAUUGGCAGAGGGGGCAGGGCCGGGAGAGAUGUGGCUACAGCUGGUAUCGUCAGUUGUUUAAAGGAAGAAGUGGUUUUAAUGGAGAUGUGGUGCAAGUUGGUUGCACUAGUGCGCAUGUAAGAACUCUUCGGCCUUCGUAUACCUUUUUUUUUUUUUACUGGUUGCUCACAUGUUCUCCUGUCUGUCGCAUUGUCAUGCUAUCGCACAAAGUCUGUGAGGUAAUUAAUUACCUGCAGCCAAUUAGUUGAGAAAUACCACCUCCAAAAUGGGAAAGAUACAGCAGAUUGAGGGGGGCAUAGGGGGCAUUCAUCUGUUUCACCAACUUGUAAUUGCCUGUUCAUUGUUGUGAAUCCGCAGUGAAUGACAAUUUUUGUUUUGUGCUUUUUUUUUCAGCUGGUGCAAAUGCCUCUGGGUCAGCCAGAUGUACUUGCCCGCUAUGUACGUGCACUUUGCUCAUUUUAAUAUUAAGACAGGUUAUCAGCAAAAUUUUCAGACUUUCGCGAGAAGCUUCAUUGUGCAUGCAAACAAAGAGAAACCUAAAAGCACUACCCUCACGCUGAAGUGUAGGCAUAAUGUCGCUUCCUUGGCAUUUGACAGCGUUGUCAGCAAAUUUUUUUGUGUGUGUGAUAUGAACUGUGCAGCUUCUUGCCACAUUGAGCGCACAUUGUACAUUACAUGGCUGAUUGCAUGCGGGAGCAGACGGGCAAUUCUAUAGUGAGAUAUAAAAAAAAAAGAAGCUGAGUUUUGCUUUACCUGACGCACAUGUUGCUGCCUAAUAAAUAAGGUUUCUCGCCCUUUUCAACCUUCUUUAACAUACAUUGUACAUUACAUGGCUGAUUGCAUGCCGGAGCAGAUAGUGAGAUAUAAAAAAAAGAAGCUGAGUGACGCUGGUUGUACAUUGGCUUGUAGUGUAUUUCCUACCACUUCUGUGUGCAGAAAUUUGUAGCUGGUAAUGUUUUGUUUUGCUUUACCUGACGCACAUGUUGCUGCCUAAUAAAUAAGGUUUCUCCCCCUUUUCAACCUU